UUUAAUAAUGCAAAAUUAGGAUUUGAAAUAACUUCAUAUAUUGAUGAUAAACAAAAUAUUUGGUUUUUAGGAAAAGAUGUAGCUAAUAUUCUUGGUUAUAGUGAUACUGAUAAAGCUAUAAGAAAACAUGUUGACGAAGAGGAUAAAUAUAAAGGACCCGUCAAAACGGCGGGUCAGGUUGAUAAAGACCAAAAAAGCUACCCCGCCAAAACGGCGGGUCAGGUCAGAUGGUGUACUUUCAUAAAUGAAUCUGGUUUCUACUCCCUUGUAUUGUCGUCAAAAUUAGAAACCGCUAAAAAGAUCAAAAAAUGGGUAACAUCACAAGUCCUCCCAUCUAUAAGGAAAUUUGGAUACUACAAACUUUUUGACAACCCGAAUAAUACAAUGUUUAAGAUUGAAAAUGAGAUGGACCUCCACUGUAAAGUUGUUCACCUAAUUAGGAAUUUUUAUCCAGAUGCUAUUAUGGUUCCAGGACUUGGGGAAAACCAAAAUACGUCAUACAAAAGAAUUAACAGUUGGAAAAAGGGAUAUCUGCGAGGCCAACCAGAUCUUAUGAUACUUAAUUACCACAAAGAUUUUAAUGGUCUUUGUAUAGAAUUUAAAUCACCAACUAAUAAUUAUCAAAUUUCAGAUGCACAAAAACAAAUGAAAGAAAGAUAUAAGGAAAAUUGUUACAAAUUUAUUCUUAGUCAUGAUUAUGAUUAUAUAUGUAUGCAAUUACAUAAAUACAUG